AUGGGUCGUGAAACAGAAUUAUUAGAAGCUGAAAUAAAACGAAUUAUUGAAGGUUUUCCUAAAGAUAACGACGAUGGAUUCGAUGCUGAACCUGGUUAUGCUGCUUUUAAACAAUAUCAUGAAUUACCGAGUCGAGGGAAAUAUCAACGAACAAAUACCAAUUAUUCCUCCGACUCCGGCUCGACCAUUGGGCGGGGAUUUCUCGCUCCAACAAUAAUUAAUCAAGCAAAUAUUAAAUUAACAGAACAAGAACAUCAAGUAUUACAAUUAGGACCUCGAUUUAUAUAUGAUGAUCCUCAAACAGCUGCUCGUCGACGAACUAUAGAGUUGGCAACCUUAAAAAGAAAAAUUGAAAAUCGUUUUAACGAAAAAGAUAUUAGCCCCGGUCGACCUGUUGAUCAAUUUAUUAAUGAACUUGAUGUCUUGCUUCAAAAAUUACAUCAUGUUCCUGUUAAUAAAAUUAAUCGACAAUUAAAUAAUGGUGGCAAUGAAUUAUUUGAUAAUCUAUUAACAACAAUUCAAUCAAGUCAAGAAUCACAAAGUACUCAAAAGAAGAUACGAUAUAAGAAGAAAACUAAUUAUGGUCGAAUUGUUAAAAGAUUAAGAUAUAAAAUCCAUUUAGCUAGUGUUAUUCUUCGAAAAUCAGAUAAAUCUAAAGUAUUCCAUUUAGGUAAAGUUCAAGAAUAUAAAAAGAAAUCUGAAGAAUAUAUGGAGAAAACCCAAGCUUAUAAAUGCUUAGGCGACAAUGAUCCAUUACCAGAUUUAAUUCAGCGUACUAAUAAAUACUUAUUAGAUUUAAGACUAGCUAAAUGGAUUACUCAAAAACAAUAUGAACAAUUAUCUAUUAACCCAAAUGAAGUGGAAUUAGCUCAUUUAUAUUAUUUACCAAAGGCUCAUAAACCUGGUACUCCUCUAAGACCAGUUAUAUCUGGAUUGAAGCAUCCGACAGUCAAAAUUUCAAAAUUUCUUGAUGAUUUAUUAAGACCUCUAUUUGAUCAAAUGGCUUUGAAGACAACGGUCACUUCAGGUUUCGAAUUAGUCAAACAAUUACAAGUAUGGUCUAUCAAAAAUAUGCGUCAAGAAACAAUAUUUUGUACAAUUGAUGUAGCCGAUUUAUAUACGAUGGUCCCUCAAAUAGAAGGAGUACUUUCAUUAAAGAAAAUGUUGGAUGAAUUAAAUCUUAAACAAGUGGGAGGUUUAAAAGUAGAAACGAUUAUAAGAUUAAGUCGAUUUGUUAUGAUGAAUAAUUAUUUCUUCUACGAUGGUCAAUAUUAUCAUCAAAUAAGAGGAGGAGCCAUGGGUUCUCCACUUACCUUAACUAUGGCUAAUUGUUAUAUGUAUUUUUAUGAAAGACAAAUAGUUAAACAAGUUAUAAAUAGUGGUGGUCUUUACUUUAGAUAUAUUGAUGAUAUAUUUAUAGCAAUUAAUUGGCCAACUCGCUAUUUGUUCAAACAAAUCGAAAGAUGGAAUAAAUUUGAUGAAAAUAUUAAAUUAUCAGCAAAUAUUGGUUCAUCAACAAAUUUCCUCGAUUUAUAUAUGGAAAAUAAAGAUGGUCAAUUAUUUACAAGUGUAUAUCAAAAGCCAUCUUAUGAACCGUAUUACUUACCAUUUAAUAGUAUCCAUCCACUUCACAUGAAGAAAAACAUACCUUAA